AUGGGCAAUAGUUACACUCAUUUAUCUACUCAAGAUUCAACCGAAUUUCUUGCAACAUCAGCAAAAAUUGGAAGAGAUAUCUCGAAACUACCAAAAUGCAGAAGUAUCUCUCAGAUAGGAGAAAUGCGUCCAGUGUUACGAACUCCUGUCCAUAGUGAUGCUAUUGGAGCAUUAGCACCAGUGAGAUCAGGCAUGGUACUGAGUGGAGGUCGUGAUAAGCUGCUAGCGUUGAAUAACUUGGAUACGGGGAAAUGUGUUCUACGAUGGUAUGGUCAUGAGAAAGAAAUCACCAAGAUUGAGUAUCGUAAUACAUUUGCGAAGCAAUUUAUUCUUAGUGGAUCAAGAGAUUCCCAAAUUAGACUAUGGAAAUUCGACAGUCCAAGUACCAUACGCAUCUUUUCAGGACAUGAAAUGAGUAUCGGCGGAUUGGCCAUGACUGAUCAAACGAGAUUUGUCUCGGGUGCCCGUGAUGCUACUCUUCGAUUAUGGGAUCUCGAAAUGGGUACUUGUUUGCGGGUCGCUCGACAUAGCAGAAAUUUGGUAACCCAUAUAUCACAUUGCAUCACAAAUAAUCUACUUGCUCAGUCGUCGGAAGAUAAACAAUUAAAAAUGUGGGAUAGUCGAAAUCUAUGCCUUGCAUUUCAGUUCCCAAAAAAAAAUCAUAUGCUUACACAUUGUGAUUUUUUACCGGAUAGUAAUUACUGUAUUACAUCAAGUAAUGGUUUUAACGGUGAUGGAUGCGAAAUUACAUUGUGGGAUAUCCGACAGCAAAAGAUGAUUCUCGAAUAUCGUGGACAUGAGGAAUCGGUGACCUGUACCAUUUUUCUGCCACAACAGGUAACUUCGAAACGUGUUCUAUUAAGUGUUUCCGCUGACCAUACUGCCAAAUUAUGGAAUGUCGAUGAUGGAAGUUGUUUAUGGAGUGAACUAAUACCAACAGCAUCUGAUCUGUUAGCAUGUGUAGGCUUCAGAGAUGGAAACAUCGUUGUCAGUGGAUUGAAUGCUACUUUUUGUCAUUUGCGAAUUCUCAGCCGUGCUGCUCGUCCCUAUCUUGAAUGUAUUUCUGCACAAUCCCGCACUCGAUGUUUUCUAAGAUCCUAA